CCCCGCACUUCUCUCUGGACAUGGGUUGUUAUGAUUGCUGUAUCCGGUGCAUUGGGGCAGUGCCCUACCCAUCCCUGGUGGCCACCUUGCUAUGCUAUGCUGGCAUGGCAUUAUUUUGUGGCUGUGGGCACGAAGCGUUGGCCCAGACCGAAGUACUCGUCGAGACUUACUUCGCCCGCAGCGUUCAGGACUAUGAGGUCAUGGCCUCCUUUAUCAAAUAUUUCCAGUAUGUGAUCUAUGGCCUAGCAUCAUUUUUCUUCCUCUACGGCAUCCUGCUGCUGGCUGAGGGUUUCUACACCACGAGCGCUGUCAAGCAGACCUUUGGUGAAUUCAGGAGCACCCAAUGUGGCCGCUGCCUCAGCCUGACGUUUAUCAUAGUGACGUACAUCUUGGCCUUCAUCUGGCUGGCCGUGUUUGCCUUCACUGCCAUACCAGUCUUCUUCCUGUUCAACAUGGAGCAGACUUGCCACAACAUCAACAUCCUGGCUGAAACAACCCCCAGUAUUAAUCAGCAUGGCUGGAUUUGCAUGGACGCCAGGCAGUAUGGUCUUCUUCCUUGGAACGCAAUGCCAGGCAAGGCUUGUGGAAUGACCUUAGCAUCUAUUUGCAAAACCAGCGAAUUCUACGUCACCUAUGACUUGUACAUAGCUGCAUUUGCUGGUGCCGGGGUCACUCUCUUAGCACUGUUUCUGUAUCUGGUUGCCACCACCUACAACUACGCAGUCUUGCGGUUUCUGGGCAGGAAAGGCAUUCGCUAAGUGCAACAUCUCCAUCCCAGUCAGCCCCAUCUUCUGGCUAUGAGACGGACAGUCAACAUAUUUCACAGACAUGUGUUUCUCGUCCCUGUUUUGUAUGAACAACAGACAGAGAGAUGAAGAUAACUCACCCCCCAGCAGCAAGCUCUGGCCUUCUCCUCAAAUCUUCCUCUCAGAUGAUUCUCUUAGCUUUGUUGUUCAUUGUCCUCUCGGAAGUUCUAUCUCUCAUUUUAUCCUUUUUCUGAGGCUUCAUUGGUGCUGAUGCUUUUGUCAGAUCGUGAUGUAUGAUGUUUCAUGAAUAAUUGAGAGUAAUGACAGCUUGCCUUGCAAAUCAUAACUGCAUGCACACCGUUCAGUGUUUACUGAUGCAUAUAUUGUUUCUGAAUAUGAUUUCGCUGCUGCCUCAUUAUCACCAUCUUGUGUAUCAACAUUGUGCGAACUAAGGCAAGUAAAGCUGAAUGUACCAAAAUUCUCUGCAAAGGUUAAAUGUAUCCUUCCAUCUCCCUGUUUGCUAUCACUUACAAUACAUGCACAUUGCAUUUGCUCCCAAUGCAUUUUUGCUUUGUUUCAAUACCACUGUUUAGGGGUGGAAACAGUAUGUGUAUCAAUUUCCUGGAGGUUUUUCAGUUACUGCUUAAAAUAAGCUGUUUUUAUAUCACUGAGGUGUUGAUGCUUCAAUAACUUGCCCCCAAGUGUUUGCUGUGUAGCCCGGCUAU